AUGGGUCCAACCCAAGUGCUAUCAAGCGUUCGUGAGAAGUAUUGGAUAUUGAAAGGAGGGGCAGCUGUAAGAGCUGUACUAAAGAAGUGCAUCAAAUGUAAGCGGUGGAAGGCCAAGCCUCAAGAUCAGAUUAUGGCUCCACUUCAAUUAGCGCGCGUCACACCUGAUAAUCCACCAUUUACCUUUGUUGGAAUUGAUUACUUCGGGCCUAUACAAGUCAAAGUAAAGAGAAGUUACGUAAGGCGAUAUGGAUGCGUUUUCUCUUGUUUAACUAUGCGUGCAGUUCAUAUCGAGUUAACGACAGACUCUUUUCUUCAAGCCUUCUCAAGAUUUGUGAGCAGGAGAGGACCGCCAAGGGAAGUCUUUAGCGACAAUGGAACUAACUUCAAGGGAGCAGAAGAAGAUGUCAGAGAAGCCUUGAAAACCUGGAACCAAGACCGUAUCAGAGAUACCUUGCGAGAGAAUAAGAUCGAAUGGCAUUUCAAUCCCCCCAAAGCAAGCCACACCGGAAGAUUAUGGGAGAGAAUGAUAGGUUCGAUUCGCAGAAUCCUGCGCGUCUUACUUGCUAACCAGACGGUGGAUGACGAAAUACUCAGUACCAUGAUGGCAGAGACAGAGAACAUUCUGAAUGAUCGCCCCCUGACGCGUAUCACAGCUGACCCAAACGACCUAGAACCCUUGACGCCUAACAAGCUUCUGUUAGUCUACAGAAAUCCAUGCAUAGCUCCAGGAGACUUCUCAGUUCUUGCUGAUAGAUUUACCAAGCGCUGGUCCGUCACGCACAGUACCUAUCCAAUAUCUUUUGGAGACGAUGGGUGGAGUAUAUGCAAGCUCUCCAAGAACGUCAGAAGUGGCUGA